GGAGGGGGACGGCUACAGGCGGGGCCUGUCGGUGGCCGGUGGGGAGAGGGACGAGCGCUGCCGUGGUAACCACUGCCGCUCCCCACCAGCUUCAGACAGGAACCGGUGGGGAGCAUCCUGCAGCUGGGGAUGGGGAUAGCUUCAGCGCAGUUGAGAUGAGUGCAGGAGCGGAUUCCGAAGCGGGACGGGAUGCCGGGAGAGCGGGACUGGUCUACCUGCUGACCGGCGGCAGCGGCUUCGUGGGGCGGCGUCUGGCUCGGAUGUUGGCGGAGAGAGAACCGGACCUGAAAGAACUCCGUGUCCUCGAUAUAACGCUGGACCCAGAGUUACACUCCCUCAACUCAGAUGCCCUGUGUGUGAGGGUGAUACAGGGGGAUGUGACAGAUAUGAAGAGCGUGCGUGAGGCAGCACGAGGUGUUGAUCUGAUCAUCCACACAGCCGGCCUCAUCGACGUGUGCUCCAAGUAUCCUCCCAAGAAACUCUGGGCUGUCAACUACCAGGGGACUCUGAACGUGGUGAAUGCGUGCAGGGAGCUGGGCAUCAGGUACCUGGUCCACACCAGCAGCAUGGAGGCCCUGGGGCCGAACAAGCACGGCAGCCAUUUUGUCCGAGGUAACGAGGAUACGGAGUAUGAAGUUUCUUGUGUUGGUCCGUAUGCAGAGAGCAAAAUGGAGGCAGAAAAACUGGUGCUCAGCUCAAACGGUUCUCAAACUAAGGGAGGGGGUAGACUAGCUACCUGUGCUCUGAGACCCACUGGUGUGUAUGGAGAGGGCAACCCAAUCAUGGAGGACUUGUACCGAACGGUGAUGAGAUUCGGUGGAAAGAGGCUACGCUUGGCUGGCAAAGACAUCGAGCACGGCCGUGUAUAUGUGGGCAACGUGGCGUGGAUGCAUCUCUUGGCCGCCCGAGCCUUGCGACAGAACCCCGGCCUCGUGGGCGGCGAAGCCUACUUCUGUUAUGACGAGUCCCCUUACCUGAGCUACGAGGACUUUGACCAGUUGCUGCUGGGCUCGGCGGGUGUGCGUUUGGUGGGCCGGGAGCCUGUGCUGCCCUUCGGCCUCCUCUACCUGCUAGCCCUCACGUUGGAAACCCUCCAAUGGAUCCUACGGCCCAUCGCCAAGUUUGAGGCCACAUUCAACCGCUGCACGCUCACCAUAGUAACCACUGCCUUCUCCGUAAGCACAAAUAAAGCUGCUCGCCAUCUUGGUUAUUCCACCCUUGUGCCCUGGCACCAAUGCCAAGCUCGUACAGUGGCUUGGGUAAAAAGCCUCGCUCAAACCGGGUCUGGGCGUGGGCCUGCAAUUUAGCUCAUUUUAGAAUCCUAGAAAAAUAGGUGCAGGAGUAGAGCAUUCGAGCCAGCACCGCCAUUCAAUAUGAUCAUGGCUGAUCAUCUAAAAUCGCUGCCAUGUACUCGCUUUCUCCCAUGUCCCUUGAUUCCGUUAGCUGUAAGAGCUAAAUCUAACUCCCUCUUGAAAACUUCCAGUGAAUUGCCCCCACUGCCUUCUGUGGCAGAGAAUCCCACAGAUUCUCCUCCCUCUGGGUGGAAUGAUUUCUCCUCAUCUCAUCCUAAAUGGCCAAUCCCUUAAACUGUGUGGCCCCUGAUUCUGGAGUAGCCCAACAUCGGGAACAUGUUUCCUGCAUUUUGCCUGUACAAUUCAUGAAGAAUUUUCUAUGUUUCUCUAAGAUUAUAGAGGUACAAAGUGGAAACACAUAGAAUCUCUUGCCCAGUGAAAGAGUUAAAUGAAGUCGUAGGUUACAAAAUGGAUGCUUAACCUUUCCUCUCUAAACUAGCUGGAUUUCAGUACAAUAACAUUAGAUGCUUUGCCUUAUAACAGUAACACUAGCUAGAAUACAGCACAGUAACAUGAAUCUUUUGCCUUUCUUCUAUUUUACACAAGCGAGAUUUCAGCACAAUAACACUUGAUAUUUUGCUCUAUGAUAUAAACAAUCAGAAAAAUGUUCAGACAACUUGGUUCUUACCCUCUACUCUACAGAUUGUAAUGUACAAACAAUUAAUCAACAAGGUCAAAAAACAAGAGUGCUUAUCUGCAAAAAAUUGCUCCUUCAGCAUAAGCAUAUAUGGGCUAACCUUUCCUCUAUCGGAAGCACCUGUCAAUAUUCUGAUUUUAACCAUGUAUGGACAAGGCAAGAGGCUGCACAAUGCUCUCUAAGAUAAAGAAUUUCUGAUUAUUAGGGUAUAAAUAUAUCUGAUUGAACAUUACCUCGGUGUGUGUAGAGAGAGGGACUCUGUAGUCUGCGUUUACAUACUAUGAGAGCUGUCUCCCCACACCCGCCUGGCAAAAUAAAGACGUUACUGUAUUACUAACUA